GCUUGAGGCAAACAUUGGGUUUCUUCAAGGUUUUGUUAACGUCUGAAAAAUCAAAGAUAUUAACGAUGCCAAAUUACCCGCUCUCAGCUGAUUUAAAUAAAUAUUCCACGCCGAUCUUCGGGUUCCCGAGCAGAGACGCCCCCGUGGGUAGACGUUUACCGAUCCGGUAAAUUCGGAAUCAAAGAAUGGCAUCGGCAAACUGAAGAGAAAUUCUGUCCGAAGAAGAAUAGCGAAGGCCUGAAGAGGCGCGUCCUCGGGCGUUGAAAUUUCCUAUUUUUGGACCUCUCCCCGACCUAGACAUGUUCAGAAGGAACGGAAAACAACGAAAAGGCUCCAGAUAUUUCCGUUGGGGUCUGCUCUUCAGCUUAGGCCUCGCCUUGUGGUCAGCAUUAUGCUUCGCGGACGCUUUCAGCCCCGAAAUUUCGCGCCCCGGAGAACGAAGGGAAAACGCGUCCGCCAUCUUGCCUUCCUGGCCGGUCUCCGUGGACGUCCUCAACGACGCGAAGCCUGCGAAGGAGCUCUCGCCAAUCUCGGAGCACACCUUGGCGAAAGCGGGGCCUGACCAGGCCCACUUGCGAUGGUUCUAUAAUUUCUACAGCCAUCUCUGGGGCCUUUUACCAUCCCCUGGAAGCGUGGUUCGCAUUGUGGGUCUUCUGGGUCUCGGCGUGGUAGCCAUGGAGGGCCAAGUUGUGAACUCGACGAGGAGAAUUCAGAUCCCUGCGAGCUCGGACAACAAUUGCUCAAUCCUGCCCCUGGGGAAUGGAGCGCGGAGGUAUCUCGACGUCGUGGCCAGGGAAAGAAACAGGAGCCCUGUCAGCACAAGAAUUUUCCUUUCCCUGCGAAAUAGAGCUUCUGUGAAUCGACGAAACGUCCUCUCUAGUCUCGAUAGAGAACUCGACGCUCUUGCCGUUCGGUUUCAGGGAUGUCCGGCUUAUGGAGAUGCUCUCAACCGGCAUGGGACGCUUCGCGAAGGGAGUGCAUCUCUGGGGAUAAAUUAUCCUCCCUGCAAGCGCUCCGGAAUAAUCACGUCUUCCCUCGCUUUCAAGGAGUUUCUUACAAAUCUGACGAAAGGAACAUCCUGCUGCAAUUCCUCCAUCUAAAACGAUCCUCCAAUUAAUUUAGAGCGAGAUUUGCUUCCGUUGUAAAGAACUUAAAGCGUAUGGUAAAAGUUUAAUAAUUUCGUAUUCUCGCGGGAGGCCAAGGAAUUUUUAUCUGGUGCCAUCUAUGAGUGCGUGAAGGAAACCUCUCAACAUCCGUUGAUCUGCGAUCGAUAUCGCUAUAUCUGCAUUAUCCUUUUGAAGAUAACUAGUAAUGCAGAUGCGGAGGUUGCUGUGUGGCACCAUCUUUGGAAGAUUUUGCGAAACCGCUCAAGAACUGUGCAUUCACGAUACGUAGCUGGUAUCGGAGAAGGCGUGCCGCCUUUGUCUCGCGAGGGAAAGGAAGCCUGUGCUGCCACAAAGGGAGACCACAAAGUUCGAGAGUCGCUACCGCCAGAUUGCGUCCCGACGAACCUAACCUAUUCCGUGCUCCGCUAUUACGGGGGCGUAGUUCGGUGGCGUCAUUGCUCGUGGCAUAAUCUCGAUUUUAUCGCAAAUGUUUCCUUCGCAGCAGAUUUUCUCAGUUUGUGAUCGUAGAACGGAAGAAGUAAAAUUAAUAACGGUGGAUUUCGCGAGGCGAAACGUGCAAUAAACGAAAAACGACGCCGAGCGUCCCCGACCAUCUCCAACUGUCACCGAGUGUAGCCAAUUGUCACCAACUGUCACAGAGCUGUCAACUGCCGUGAUUUGGCUUAACCUCAAACAACCGCGACAGCAUCUUCGGAGGUGCGGUGUUGAUUCUAAAAUUCUCGUUGCAUGACGCAUCAUGGCCUCGCGUAGACACGCACGCAUGCACCCGCAUGCUGCGGAAGGGUAGGAGUGUGUCUUCCGUUGGGACAACAAGCCCUUCAUCGAUAACCAUUUUUCCAGGAAGCUCUGUCAAAAAUAGGACAAAGUAUUCACUUCCAGUUGGAAUAGGGACUCGGCUUUAUUCCUCUGAGUCUUUCGCUUCAGGAUGAAGAGCUUAAUUGAAUUUGAAGAGUGCCUGCGGGACACUCCAAGAUUUCGAUCACGAAUCGAGGAGGUGGAGACCAACGUGGACCAACUUGAACAGAAGCUGGAGAAGAUUUUAAAAAAUUGUACAUCUAUGAUCGAUGCAGGCAAGACCUAUGUUGGGCAACACAGCCAGUUUGCCAAUAGUCUGUGGGAAUUGUCUCUUUACUUUAAUGAAGAUGCAGAGGUAAUGGCUCUUUUGAAUAAAUUAAUUCGAGCUUUACACGAGAUGAACAAGUUCCACGCCAUCUUACUGGACCAGGCAUCACGGACUGUCGUUAAGGACCUCAACUCUUUUAUCAAAAGUGAUAUUAAGAGAGUGAAGGAGGCUCGUCACUAUUUCGAUAAAAUCUCUGGAGACCUGGACGUAGCUUUAAACAGGAACUCUCAAAUUCCAAAAUCCCGACCUGCAGACUAUGAAGAAUCCUCCAACAUCUUGUCGGCGACCAGAUCUUGCUUUCGGCAUACAGCAUUGGACUAUGUUCAUGCAUUGACGAUGCUACAGUCUAGGAAACGUCAUGAAAUAUUAGGGACUUUGCUAAGUUACGUACGCGCCUGCUUCACGUACUAUCACCAGGGCAGUGAUUUGGCACAGGACUUGGACCCCUUUCUCCGGGACCUUGGUGAAGAACUAGCUAGGAUGAGGGGUGACUCGAUGAAACUUGAAAAAGAAAUGGAGAAUCGCCAUGUCUACGUCACCAACAGAGACCUGAUCCCUCACUCCGCACCUAGCAAUCCGAAAAUGGAGGGCUAUUUGUUCAAGAGAACGAGCAAUGCAUUUAAAACCUGGAACAGAAGGUGGUUUUCGCUAAAAGAUCAUCAGCUAGUCUACAGAAAGCGAACCGGUGAGAACGAUUACACAGUGAUGGAGGAAGAUCUGCGGUUGUGCACUGUUAAGCCAGUUGUCGACUGUGAGCGAAGGAAUUGCUUCGAAGUAUUGAGCCCAACAAAGAGCCACAUGCUGCAAGCUGACAGCGAGGAGAUGUAUCUGGCUUGGGUGACAGCGAUGCAGCAAGCCAUUGGAGCAGCGAUCCAGGUAGGCAUCGGUCAGCGAUCCGAUCUUGGGACUCUGCGAUCUCGUAUCGGAGACUGGAAUGGACAAACCAGACCUUUUGGGAAGGCAAGAUCAAGAGUUUGGGAACAGCUUCUAAAAAUUCCUGGCAACAACGUGUGCUGUGACUGUGGAGGAGCUAAUCCAAGAUGGGCCAGCAUCAAUCUGGGCAUUACCCUCUGCAUUGAAUGCUCCGGUGUGCACAGGAGCCUUGGAGUUCACUACAGUAAGGUGCGAUCCCUCACCCUGGAUGACUGGGAGCCUGAGAUUUUAAAAGUAAUGGCUGAGUUGGGGAACACUGUAGUGAACAGUGUCUAUGAAGCUUUACCGAUAUCUUCAGAAGUUGUCAGAGCUACGUCCAAAUGUGACGGAAGCAUCCGCGAGGCGUGGAUAAAGUCGAAAUACGUCGACAGGAAGUACGUCAAACCACUGUCUCAGGUAGUGACGACGCCUGAACAGAAAGUCUCCUGGGAGCCGAUGCAUUUCCGCAAAUGGAGUGUCCGGAAAUUACGGCGUAGGCCUAGAAAUCGUGAGUUAACCGAAGAAACCAGUACAAAGCAACAGCUCCCUGGUCUGUCGAGCCUUAAGGAAAAUCCAGUGUUGGGUGAGAUAAAUGCGAACACCUCUACGAUGAAAACGUCCAUCAAAGAGAGAGAGAAGGAUCCCCCAGGGCACAAAGAGCCUUCCUUGCCGGAAUCGCCCUGCGUACCAGCGAAAUCUCCGGAAAAUCCUCAAAAGAAGCCGGACAUGGACACCGACAACGAUACGCCCACUGAUUUAGACACAGGCUCCGAGGGCUCUGCAUUUACCCAGUCGACCAUUUUAAAAAGCCUAGGUGAGGCUUCGUCUUUAGGGCUGGAUCCCGAAGACGAGACUACAGACAGUGUUAAUACAAAGAAUAAUUUUAAGGAAGUGAUCGAGGACAGUAGUCAGUUGAGUUCAAGUGCUCCGGUGAAUACCGAUGGCUCCAAGGUGACGGAUGAAGAUGUUAAUAAGAAUCCUUCCAAUCCUAACGAAACGGUUCACGGUGAAUUGUCGAAUAGAAGUGCAGGUAAAGCCAACGAAGCAGCAGAGGGCGAAGUCUUCACUUUUGGCUGCGACUUGCCUAAACCGACCAUCGAUGGGAGCCUGGAACUGAGCUCCGAUCAAGACUCGACUGCUGGGGAGGACGAAGGCUUCGCAGACGAGGAGGACCUGCAGAAUCUCCAUCCUGAGAUGUUGUUGUACAAGGCUGCCGCGGCACACAAUCUGCCUGUCAUGUGUGCUGCUCUCGCUGCUGGUGCAGAUAAGUUGUGGGUGAACGUGAAGGACAGAGGACGCAGUCCCAUUCACCAGGCUAUAAUCAGUGGCUCGGUCAUGUCCUGUGAAUACCUUAUACUCAACGGAGCCAGGAUUAACUGCCAGGAUGCUGAUGGAAAAACGCCUUUACACGUCGCCACAGAGCUUGGCCACACGGCCCAGGUAUGCCUGUUACUUAAGCAUCAUGCCGACCAGCACAUAAAGGACGAGAGUGGAGUAAAGCCUCUCUCGAUCGCAGUGAAAGAAGCCAACGCGGACAUCGUCACGUUGCUGCGAUUAGGGCUACUUAACGAGGAAAUGAAGGAUUCGGAGGUAGGAGUCAGCGGAGACGAAACCUUCAACGACGUCGUUCGCGACUUCAGCCACCUGGCCUGCUCCCAUCCCGAGAAACUUCACCGCAGGAGCGAAUGCAUCGAUCCGGCAAAUUCAACGAAUCUCAACGAGUAAACGUAUUUAGUUGCGGUCUAUUUUACUUAUCGGUUUGCCCGAGUCGCCUGGAAGCGAAGGGGGCCAUCUUCGAGGACGCCAUGGAGGCGUCGAAGUCUUCGGCGCUCGCAGGAGCGCUCUUCUACCAGUGGCCAAUUGUGCAUGCGUCCCUUAUCUCUUUUUUCUAGGAUUAACUAUUCCGCGAUGCGGUUUUUAUGCGAUAAUCAUUAUACCUUGGCGCAGUUUCUCGCGCUUGUUUCUGAAUAUUCUUCGAGGCACCCUUAAGGUCAGGUGCAGGGCUUUAAUGCACUUGUUCUGGACUUCUUUCCGAGAACUCGGCACGUAGGGAAAGAAAAAGCAAAUAAUGAAAAAGUAAAUUUAAGCCUUUAGGAAGACUUAAGUUUAACGUUAUACGCUUCCUUCACUGGCAAAUUCCUUUUCGGCUGGUCGGAAUGACGGAAAACAGUGAAAAAGCGAGUUGUCGGAAAGCUCUUACCGCAGAAUGUCUCUUCGACAUCCCCCAUAUAUUUAUUCCUCGGUCCUCAGGACUGACCUGCAUCGUGAUUCUUACAUAUUCCAGAAAACUCAUUAAAAAAACGACGAAAGCAUUUAAAAAAGAACACCUCGCCGAAAGAACCGAGUAUCUGUACCGUGUACUUCGGGGGAAUACAGAAAAAUAGCGAGAAA